CCGCGAGCGAGAGCGCCCCGAGCAGGUCCGCGCCCUCACCUCAGCUCAGCUCAGCUCAGCUCAGCUCAGCUCAGCGGCUCCGGCUGCGGCUCCGGCUCCGGCUCCCGCGCCGCGAGGACCUCAGCGGAGGACGUCCGCCCCGCCGCUCGCCUUCCCCGGCCGGCUCUUCGCCUGCUUGCGCGCCGCCCCGCUCCGCUCCGCCCGGACCCCCGCCGCUACCGCGGGGCCUGCUGCUACUCACCCGCCGGCGUGUGGGCGUCUCGGCGGCGGCGUCUCUCUGCUUUCCGACUCCGGCGCGCCACCAUGAGCUCCCGCACGGCCGUCAGGACGCUCGCCGUCGUCGUCACCCUUCUCCACCUGAGCCGGCUGGCGCUCUCCACCUGCCCCGCCGCCUGCCGCUGCCCCCUGGAGGCGCCCCAGUGCGCGCCCGGCGUCGGGCUGGUCCGCGACGGCUGCGGCUGCUGCAAGGUCUGCGCCAGGCAGCUCAACGAGGACUGCAGCCGCGCUCAGCCCUGCGACCACACCAAGGGGCUGGAAUGCAACUUCGGCGCCAGCUCCGCCGCGCUCAGGGGCAUCUGCAGAGCUCAGUCAGAGGGCAGACCCUGUGAAUAUAACUCCAGAAUCUACCAGAAUGGAGAAAGUUUCCAGCCCAACUGUAAACAUCAGUGCACAUGUAUCGAUGGCGCCGUGGGCUGCAUCCCCCUGUGCCCCCAAGAACUCUCUCUCCCCAACUUGGGCUGCCCCAACCCGCGCCUGGUCAAAGUCACAGGGCAGUGCUGUGAGGAGUGGGUGUGUGAUGAAGAUGGCGCCAGGGAGCCCGUGGACGGCCUCCUGGACAAGGACCUGGCCUUCGAUGCCUCCGAGGUGGAGUUGACAAGGAACAAUGAAUUGAUUGCGGUUGGAAAAGGCGACUCCCUGAAGCAGCUUCCUGUUUUUGGACUGGAACCACGAAUCCUAUACAACCCUUCUUUUCACGAUCAGAAAUGUAUCAUUCAAACAACUUCAUGGUCCCAGUGCUCAAAGACCUGUGGAACUGGUAUCUCGACACGGGUUACCAAUGACAACCCUGAAUGCCGCCUGCUGAAAGAAACCCGGAUUUGUGAGGUGCGACCUUGUGGACAGCCUGUGUACAGCAGCCUGAAAGUAAGGCAAGAAAUGCAGCAAGACCAAGAAGUCCCCCGAACCAGUCAAGUUUACUUAUGCUGGCUGUUCCAGUGUGAAGAAAUACAGACCCAAGUACUGUGGUUCUUGUGUGGAUGGCCGAUGCUGCACGCCCCAGCAGACCAGGACUGUGAAGAUGCGAUUCCGCUGCGAAGAUGGGGAGACAUUUUCCAAGAACGUCAUGAUGAUCCAGUCUUGCAGAUGCAACUACAACUGCCCACAUGCCAAUGAAGCAGCAUUUCCCUUCUACAGGCUGUUCAACGACAUCCACAAAUUUCGGGACUAAAUUCUUGAACCUACAUUUCCAGCACAAGGAACAGGGAUGAAUGGGAGAAGAGCACCAGAAUCUUGGAAGACGGGGGUGGGGGCGGAGGGGGUGAAGGGACUCACUGUACAAGAGGUGCAUCGCUCAUUCUUGAGUAGCAUUAAGGUAUUGCAAAACUGCUGGGUGUGCUGGUGCAGUUGGACAUGAAUGCAGCCCUGAUUGGAGAAUACUUCGCUUCAUAAUACUGGAGCACGUGUUACUGCUUCAUUUUGGAGCUUGUGGUGUUGAUGAUGUUCUGUUUGUAAAUUAUUUGGUAAGCGUCUUUCUUCUCUAGGCUUCCCCCCCCCCUUUUGGUUCUACAACUGUAAAAGAUGACUAGUGGGAUGCUUAAGGCCUUCAACCUUUGACAGAAGUCAGUGGGAGCGGAUUCUGUACCUUCCUGAAGGUGACACUCCGUGAGUGUCCAUGAGAGGCAGCUACCUGCACUCUAAACUGCAAACAGAAAUCAGGGGUUUUAAGACUGAAUGUUUUUUUUUUAUUUAUCAAAAAUGUAGCUUUUGGGGAAGGAGGGGGAAAUGUAAUACUGGAAUAAUUUGUAAAUGAUUUUAAUUUUAUAUUCAGUGAAAAGAAUUUAUUUAUGGAAUUAAUCAUUUAAUAAAGAAAUAUUUACCUAAUA